AUGACAGAAAACGCUGAAUCAAUACCAUGCGUAGUUGUCGUUCAAGACAAUCAAAGAGUUCAAGAGUCUAACCUUUUCGAACUCCGCAAGAUAAAGAAUUUGUGUAAUAUGCAAAAACCGAACACCGGUGAUAUUACUAUUCCGACUAAAUCACCUAAAUCUUUCAUUGUUCAUGUACAACUUUCUCGCAGGUAA